ACCACCCUAUCAUGGACACAGGAAUAUUUCCCUUCUGAAUAUAUGCUUGGUGGAAAUGCUUCCAUACCUUACUGGGCCAUUACUAAUCCGACAACAUGGACAUCUGAGACUUUCAAUAUCAUGCAAGCAAACGCUACUUAUCAAGCGAAUUCUUCUAGCGUCACCCCGAGCGCCUCAUCAUCAUCUAGCGAUUCAAAUUCAAGCUCAAAAUCAACUGACGUGGGUGCGAUAGCUGGCGGUACCAUCGGAGGCGCAGCCGCACUCUUGUUUCUCGUCAUUGGUGCCUAUCUGCUGUACAAACGCCACGUGUACAGGAAAGGAGUUCGUGCCUUUGCCGUCAACCAACAAGGGACGACCUUUAUGCCAUCGUCAGGCACACAUAACCGGAUCCCCUCCGAUACAUCCAACCUCGUUCCACUCAUGUCGGGCCCUCUUGCAUUGUAUGGGCAGUCCGUAUUUCCAUCGCAGCAGCAUGAAAUUAUAUAUUCUUCACAACCUCAGACUGCAUACCCAUCUCUGCAAGGUUCAUUCUCACCUCUUCCGCCGACAGAUAUGUCUGUCUACACUAGUAACAACCAACGUCCCGAUAUCAUACCAAUGGUUUAACAGUAGGGUAUUUUUUUUAUACCUGGACGCGCCCGCAUUCCGUACCUUAUACCUAUUAUCUUCUGACCAAUCUCCUUACGAUUUUACUUAUUUUUGUGUGACAGGCAAGGUGGGGAUCGGGACAUUCUAUCAACACGUCAUUUAUGCCGUCGUUCCCGCUAUCUUAUUAUGAUGUUGUGAUAUCAUUAUGUUGUUGUUAUUCUGAUUGAAAUCACGUAGGAUGUGGGCACGCCUCCUUGCAAUUGUCCAGUUGGCAACUCCGCAGACGUGAAGGCACAAUCCAAGCGC